UUCAACAGCUACAUCAGUCUAAGGAGCUCUGUGUUUGUGGAGAGAGAGAGAGUUUACUGUGUCUUUCAAACUACUGGGAGCUUGACGGGAAUAUUUGAUGAGAAAGGAAAAAGGUGCCCUGGAUUAUUAUUUUUUCUUGCUCAUUUCUGAUUCUUUAGAAUAUUAUUGUCUGAAGUUUGUGCUGCAGAAUAUCUUGGAAAAAAAUAACCCAGGCAUACUGGUUGGAGACAAGGAGUUUUCUCUUUAAAAAUUCACACACCUCCGGCAAGUGAACCUGAUUAAAAUUCCAAGACUCUCAUCAUGAAGUCAAGAACAACAAUUGCAACAAUAUUUGCUCUGUUGCUGACUUGUAUCUAUGCCACUAAAGAAGCCACGAAGAAGAAAAAGUCCAAACUAUAUGUUCCUCAGAUCGACUGUGACAUCAAAGCUGCAAAGAUCAUCAACCCUGAAUUUAUCGCUAAGUGUCCCUCUGGAUGUCAGGAUGUCAAAUAUCGUGUCUACGGCACCGAUAUCUAUGCUUCUUUUUCCAGUAUAUGUGGCGCUGCUAUUCACAGUGGUACAAUUGACAAGUCUGGAGGGAAAAUCCUGGUUCAAAAGGUUGCUGGACAAUCUGGCUACAAGGGUAGUUUCUCCAAUGGCAUCCGAUCGUUGUCUUUACCACGGUGGCGGGAGUCCUUCAUUGUUUCAGAGGGCAAACCCAAAAAAGGUGUGCAGUACCCAUCAACACUUGAAUAUUCAUCUUCCUCAAACACACCUGUUAAAGGAGGUUCACAACGGAAAGAGUAUCGGACAACUGCAGUGCCAUUACAAACUACACAAGGUGCAUUUACAACAGCAAAAGCUGCUAUCAGGACAACCGAAUUUGUCAGCACAACUCCAAAGCCAGCAACAAUCCCAACUACAAUCAUGACAACCAUCACUAUCCAGGCAACUACUGGUGUAGCUACAAAGCCUCCGGUUGCGAUUCACAAGGUCAGGGACAUAGGUUCUAGCAACGUCCAUCCAGCUUAUUCCUCAGUAGCAGCUGUAGCAUCAAGGCAGGUUCAAGCUGUACAAGGAAGAACCCAGAAUCAAGCAUUCAGAGGCAGUUCCAGCCAUGCAAGUAGCAGAAAUAUCGCUCGACCUAAUACAGGUCUUCAACGGCAAGAGCCAAUUGUCUCAUUCCGGAAGCCUUCCACCUCUCCUGCCAAUCUGGCUAUAGAAACAGACUUGUGGAAACUGGGAUCAAGCCUUUUUGACACAGGUUUCAGUUCCAAGGAAGAUGUGGUCCCCAAACCCCUGGAACCAGUUUCACAGGGAAACCCAAAUUGCAAAGUUGAUUUAUCCUUCUUGAUAGAUGGCAGCUGGAGCAUUGGCAAGCGCCGCUUUCAGAUCCAAAAACAGUUCCUCAAAAAUGUUGCUCAAGCCCUGGAUGUGGGCCCAGCUGGUCCUCUUAUGGGCAUCAUCCAGUAUGGUGAUGACCCUUCAACUGAAUUUAACUUGAAGACCUAUACAAACUCUAAGGAUCUGCAAAAUGCCAUAGAGAAAAUACUACAGAAAGGAGGAUUGUCCAAUGUUGGGAGAGCACUGUCCUUUGUUAACAAAAACUUCUUUGAGGAUGCUAAUGGGAACAGAGGUAGUGCACCCAACGUUGCUAUAGUGAUGGUGGAUGGGUGGCCUACAGAUAAAGUGGAAGAGGCCUCUCGGCUGGCAAGGGAAUCCGGCAUCAACAUUUUCUUUGUCACCAUUGAAGGACCAGAUGAAAAUGAAAAGCAGAAUGUUAUUGAAACAAACUUUGUGGACAAGGCUGUGUGCAGGACCAAUGGGUACUAUUCCAUCAAUGUGCCCAGUUGGUUCAGCUUACACAAAGUAGUGCAGCAGUUAGUGAAGCGAGUCUGUGACUCUGAUCGCCUGGCAUGCAGCAAGACCUGUCUGAAUGCAGCGGAUAUUGGAUUUGUCAUUGACGGGUCCAGCAGCGUUGGCACUGGCAACUUCCGCACCCUCCUCCAGUUUGUCGCUAACAUCAGCAAGGAAUUUGAGAUUUCCGAUACAGACACCCGCAUUGGAGCUGUGCAGUACACCUACGAACAGAGGCUGGAGUUUGGCUUCGACAAGCACAGAACGAAGCAGGAUGUCCUAAACGCUAUCAAGAGAAUCAACUAUUGGAGCGGAGGAACCAGCACCGGAGCAGCCAUCAACUAUGCCUUUGAACAGCUCUUCAGCAAAUCCAAACCAAACAAGAGGAAGAUAAUGAUUCUUAUUACAGAUGGCAGAUCAUACGAUGAUGUCCGGGGGCCGGCUGCAGCGGCACAUCAGAAUGGAGUCAUAGCCUAUUCAGUAGGAAUUGCAUGGGCUGCCCAAGACGAGCUGGAAGCCAUUGCUACUGACCCCGACAAAGAACACUCCUUCUUUGUGGACGAGUUUGACAGCCUCUACAGAUUUGUUCCUAGGAUCAUCCAGAAUAUUUGUACCGAGUUUAAUUCGCAACCACGGAACUGAAAUCAGCAGCAGGCUCCAGGAAACACUGCAUCACUACAUGAGAAAAUGUUUGGCAAGCAGUGCCAGCCAGGAGGCUCAAAGGCAUUUGUGGCUAAGAGCCAAUGUCAGCUCUAUUCUCCAUGCAUGGCAAUAAUGGGCGUAGACUGAUCAAUCUCCUUCCCCCCACCCUUGCUGGUUUCAAAACUGAUUCCGUAGAGGAGCUGGCUACAGUCCUUGGUUAGAUAACUCACUUGACUCAAAUCUAUAGUUUGGAGUUAACUUCCACAUAGAAUAGGAGACUAAUAGGUCUAAGGCUGUAACCCAGAUGCACUGGACUUAGUGGGCAUGCCAGAGAUGGCAUUUGUUGGGUACCACCCCAUUUCAACUCUCCAGUGAUGCAGAAUGGCUAACCAACAGCUGGCUUUAAAAUAUUACAUGGCGCUUUGGAACCCGGCCUUUAAUUAAGAGUUGUUGGCAGACACAUGAGGACAGGAAGCAAGCAAAGGACAAGAGACUACAACAAGCAGGGCAGAUCAGGAUUUGGUUCAGGGGGGGGGCGGGGAAUCAGUAUCAACAAAGAUGGAGUAUGGCACUCACACCAGCUGUCCACAAUUGCUUUGUUGGGCAUAAUAGCACAAGUGUUGAAAGAAUAGUUUGGGGAAAAUUGAAGCUUACAGAUUGUUUAAUUACACAUCACAGAACGUUCAACUGAAGUUAGUUGCAAUGCAGGCCAGGCAGACAGAGUCUGUAACCUGGCACCAAAAGAGCAAGGCAGUAAAUUAUAUAUAUGGUUCCUACCAGUUUCCUUCCUGUCUUCAUAAAUGAGCCCAGAGAGCAGCUUCCGACAUGCCUAGUUCAGUGACAUCAUAUUCCUUCCAUCUCUUCAGAUUCUAAAAUCAAGCCUCAGCCUAAGAGCGAAUCUGCAGUUUUUACAGAUGCUUCUAGGGUUGGUGCUGUGAUGCAUUACAAAAAGCAAAAGUGGCAAUCUAUUAUUUAUUCUAUAUCCCAUAAGCCAGAGUAUUUAUCACUGGACACCAGCAUCAAAUAUCCUCUGCUGAUUUUACAACUGCUGUCACAAGCAACGGACCCUGUCAAUUCUCUUUGAUUUUAAUAUACAGCUAUUAGCACUCAGGCCCAAGAAUAGUUUUAUCAGCAAAGUGGGCCUUUGGUGUGUUGCAUAAGAUGUCAAAUAGAUGUUUAUUCCUGCUCUCUGCUUCCUGUUUUUUAAUCAGCUGCUGAUCCACAAGAGAGCUUGUUCUCUUACCCCAUGACUGCUAUGUUUACUCAGGAGCCUUUGGAGAGUGGUCUUAUGAUCUUUUAAAAAGUCUUGAGUAUUCACUAGGCUUCCCAUAUGUCAGGAAAAUUCCUGACAUAUCCAGGUUUUGGGGUGUAAAAAUGGCAUCGGGGGGAAUUUUGCCAGCAUAAUGCCAGAGAAAACCCAGGUGUUUAUGCACCGCAGCUCCAAAAGCUUAAAAUGACUAUUUUUUGGGGGGGGGAGGUUUCUCCCCCAAAAGCCCAACCAUUUUGGGGUCUUCCUGAAAAAAGCUCAACACCUUUGCAGGUGCCAGAAAUUUUACUUUUUGAAAUAUGGCAACUGUGGUGCUUUCUGUCUAGUGGAUCACACCUAUGUGCUUGUUGACAGGACUCAGCCUUUAAAGGAUUUGUUGUGAGUCAAAAUAUCAGUAUUGAGGCGCAUUUGGCUUUGCAUAUGGACUACAGCCACAUGGUCAGCCUUGAGUAUUGACUAUGCUGGUUGGGGUUGAUGGGUGAUGAAGCUCAGCGACAGCUGAAGGGUCCAAGGUUCCCUACCAAUUGUGUAUCUGCUAGUUGUAUCUUUCAUCAGUUUUCCUAGAACAGAUGUUAGGUUUUUUGGCUUGUAAAUUCCUGGAUUUCCUCCCCCCCAAGUGGUGCUGUGUUGCCUAUUUCCCAGCUCUCAGGUACAGAGGCCUCUUACAUAAGAGCAGCAAUAUCGCAUCUGAGUUAUUUUAAGAACUCUUGGGUGUCUACACCAUCCAGGCUUGGAGAUUUAUUUUUAAAUCGUCAUUAGGACUUAGAACUUUAUCUCAUCAUCAUCAUUUGCCUCGCCUCCCUGAAAAAGUCAGUUUACACACGGUAUUUCUCCGCAUCUUCUGCAAUGAAGACAAGUGCAAAGAAUGCAGCUGAAUGCAAACAUUUGCAAAGGAUUUGUGGAUGAAACAUGAGUUUGUAAAUAUUAUUUUAACUUUCCCCUCUCUGCACAUGCACCUACAUUAAAGAGCUUUUUAAAAAAUAACUUGCUGUACCCUUUUGCAAUAAAAGUUACAAAAAGGGUGUGCUAGAUCUCAUUUGCUUUGGAGGACAAAGAAAGCUUACACAAACCCAAUAAACCUCCCCCCCCCUAACUUCUGAAACUAAGGCCUGCGUAUGGACUUUUUCCCUUGUAAAGAAGGCAUGAGUAGACCCUUUUUGCUUCCUAGGAUUGUGAACAUAAGAAGCUGUCUUGUGCUGCAUCAGAUCCAUUGGUUCAUGUUGCUCAGUCUGGCUCUCCAGGGUUGCCGCCAGGGUCUUUCGCAGCAAUACUACUGGAAAUCCUAAAUGGGAGGGGGACUUUCAGUAAGUCAAGCAUGUGUUCCACUCCAAGCUUGGACCCUCCUCAAACAUCCGGACUGGUCCAUUCUUAAAUAGCCUUAUAAUUCUGACUAGAUGGACCACCGAGUUAUUCUACAUUGCAUUAGUGCUGAAAGUUUUACAGUGGGAUUAAAGUAAUGGCUGAACAAGCCUGCACUGAGUUUAGGGGCUGCAUUCCAAUAGCAUAUUCUCAAACUUAUUUGUGUGCCAGGAUUCAACCCCAACAUGUUUUCAUGGGCCUUAACGUGGUGCAGUGUAUGAAAGUGCCUUCAUAUGUGUUUACUCUCAGCAGUACUUUGUUUACUUGCAGUAUUUAUGGUCCACAUGCAUGAAGCAUUAGGGAAAGGGCUAAUAGAAAUUAUUUGUACUUCAUAAUCUGUGUGAAAUAUCCUAUUCACUUCAGUAUUAAAGUGCAAUAUAGAACAACCCAA